CAAGCAUUAGCACCAACAAGCUCUGAGCAUCAUCAGUCUCUGGAAAGCCUUCUGAAUUAGACAAGGGCUGCCUCUCAGCACAGCUACAAAACACUUUAAACCUGACCAGCUAAAUGGAUAAACCUAGCUUGCAUAGCUUUUAAACUGGGGUCUCAUACAGCACAGGAGGCCUACUUGCUUCAAGAACUGAAAAUCCAGAGGAUGAAUUGCUUUAUCUGGGAAUGGCAAAAGCCAGCACAAUAAGGAAUGCCAGGUAUUCUGAAGAUUUUUUUUUUUUUUUUUUCUUUUUCUUUUUUUUUUUUUUUUUUUUUUUUUACCUCUUUUUACAGAGAAGUUGGUUACCUUCGAAAUGGGCUGUAGCUUUUUUGCCCAGAUUGCCAAUUACUGCUGAUGGGUCUCUGGUGAAUUACACAAUGGUCCUCAGAGCUUAGAGGCCCUCCCCCGCCCCCCCAACGGCUUCCUUCUCUCUGCCCCCCCCCAUCCCACCCCAUGCUGAUUUUUUUUUUCAUAUAUGUAUAUAUAUUUUUUGCCUGUCCUCUCCCGGGAAGUUUGUAUGGGGCUACUAGCUCACAUGCGGGAUCAGAAUGGUGUGAAUGACAGCCGCACUGUGUCAUGAAGGUGGUGGUGGUUUCAGCACGAGAGACCAAAUAAGAAGAAAGCUGAGAGAGGGGGGAUCCGUUUUUGGAUGACAAAGGAUGGGUUUCCGUUUAAUUACGCAGCUGAGAGGCAUGCGUGUGGUGCUAGUGCUACUUCCUACACUGCUGCUUGUUAUGCUCACGGGGGCUCAGAGAGCUUGCCCAAAGAACUGCAGAUGUGAUGGCAAAAUUGUAUACUGUGAGUCUCAUGCUUUCGCAGAUAUCCCUGAGAACAUUUCUGGAGGGUCACAAGGCUUAUCAUUAAGGUUCAACAGCAUUCAGAAACUCAAAUCCAAUCAGUUUGCCGGCCUUAACCAGCUUAUAUGGCUUUAUCUUGACCAUAAUUACAUUAGCUCGGUGGAUGAAGAUGCAUUUCAAGGGAUCCGUAGACUGAAAGAAUUAAUUCUAAGCUCCAACAAAAUUACCUAUCUGCACAAUAAAACAUUCCACCCAGUUCCCAAUCUUCGCAAUCUGGAUCUCUCCUACAAUAAACUUCAGACAUUGCAAUCGGAACAAUUUAAAGGUCUUCGGAAACUCAUCAUUUUGCACUUGAGAUCUAACUCAUUAAAGACUGUGCCAAUAAGAGUUUUUCAAGACUGUAGAAAUCUUGACUUUCUGGAUUUGGGUUACAAUCGUCUUCGAAGCUUGUCCCGAAAUGCUUUUGCUGGCCUCUUGAAGUUGAAGGAGCUCCACUUGGAGCACAAUCAGUUUUCCAAGAUCAAUUUUGCUCAUUUUCCACGUCUCUUCAAUCUCCGCUCAAUUUACUUACAGUGGAACAGGAUUCGCUCCAUUAGCCAAGGCUUGACAUGGACUUGGAGUUCCUUACACAACUUGGAUUUAUCAGGGAAUGACAUCCAAGGAAUUGAGCCGGGCACAUUUAAGUGUCUACCCAAUUUGCAAAAAUUGAAUUUGGAUUCCAACAAGCUUACCAACAUCUCACAGGAAACUGUCAAUGCAUGGAUAUCAUUAAUAUCCAUCACUUUGUCUGGAAAUAUGUGGGAAUGCAGUCGGAGCAUUUGUCCUCUAUUUUAUUGGCUUAAGAAUUUCAAAGGAAAUAAGGAAAGCACCAUGAUAUGUGCAGGACCUAAGCAUAUCCAGGGUGAAAAGGUUAGUGAUGCAGUGGAAACAUAUAAUAUCUGCUCUGAAGUUCAGGUGGUCAACACAGAAAAAUCACACCUGGUACCCCAAACGCCCCAGAAGCCUCUGAUUAUCCCUAAGCCUACAUUUUCCAAAUCUGACCCCACCCAACCUACCCUUGAAACACCAAGCCCUUCCCCAGGGUUUCAGAUUCCUGGCACAGAGCAAGAGUAUGAGCAUGUUUCAUUUCACAAAAUUAUUGCAGGGAGUGUGGCUCUGUUCCUCUCGGUGGCCAUGAUCCUGUUGGUAAUCUAUGUGUCUUGGAAACGCUACCCAGCAAGCAUGAAACAACUUCAGCAACACUCUCUAAUGAAGAGGCGGCGGAAAAAGACCAGAGAGUCUGAAAGACAAAUGAAUUCCCCUUUACAGGAGUAUUAUGUGGACUACAAGCCUACAAACUCUGAGACCAUGGAUAUAUCCGUUAAUGGAUCUGGGCCCUGCACAUAUACCAUCUCUGGCUCCAGGGAAUGCGAGUAGUUUUGAGGAGGAAAGCGUUACUGGUGAUGACUGGAGCCCACGUCGAGGAAUGUUCAACGUGAUUGAUAAGUAUUUAUAGAUGACAAUAGGCUCUUGUGGGGGAAAAGAAUGCAAUAAUGUAACCUGGCAGCAGUUCUCCAAUGUAUGGAAAGUAGACUUAGACAAGGUGCUCCUGUAUCAUUUUCUUUUUUAGUAUUUUUUUAUUAGGUUUCCUCUAGGUCUUAUUAUUUUUUGAUUAGAGAGAAAAAGG